AUGCCUUGUUCUAUGUCGCAGCUUAUGACCAUGAGAAACAUCCACUUCUUGGCCGGCCUCCUCCUGGUCCUGGGCUUUGCGCAGCUCAGCUGGCAGGUUCCUCUACUCGGCAUGGAGGACAGCUUAAGCUUUGAGGAAGACACAUUAGACAGCGAGCCCAGGGAGCUGUCGAACAUGAAGAGACACUCUGAGGGAACGUUUUCAAACGACUACAGCAAAUACCUGGAGGACAGGAAGGCCCAGGACUUUGUUCGAUGGCUAAUGAGUGACAAAAGAAGCGGUGCUGAAAAACGUCAUGCAGAUGGAACCUUCACCAGCGAUGUGAGCUCCUACCUCAAGGACCAAGCUAUCAAAGACUUUGUGGCCAAGCUCAAGUCUGGAGAAAUCAGAAGAGAAUCGCAAAUGGACACGCUGGCUAAGACGUUCAGCAGGAGGCAUGUAGAUGGAAGCUUCACCAGCGAUGUGAACAAGGUGCUGGACGCCAUGGCUGCCAAAGAAUACUUACUCUGGGUCAUGACCUCUAAACCUACAGGGGAGAGCAACAAAAGGCAAGGCGACCAAUGA